CCCAGGAACAACAGUUUCUUCACGCUCUACCCGUCAACCCCACAUUAACUUCCGGGACAAAAUUUCUCAGUUACAAAAUCGCAAUUUUUUUUGAACUAUUUUAGUUUCUUUUCAUUUUUUUCCACUUCCGGAGGGCUUCAGGGGCUGUUGAUAAUCCGGUAAAAAUGCUGAUCGAUCUUGUACGUGAAUCCGUGUUGCAGUGCUUCUGUCACAGCUGCAAAGCACCUCUGAGUGUCGUAGCUGGACAGAGGAGGGGUAAUGUGCCCAUGAAGAAACCCAGUGGCAAGGGAAAGCCACGAACGAAACAGCCGAAGAAAGUGAAAUUCAUAACUACUGAGAUUCGAUGUCAAGAGAAGUCGAAGGGGGGGCUGUGUUACGAGGUGAUCCUGGCGGAGCCAACGGGCUCGAAACGUGCCCCAUCACCACCCCAGACACCACCCACUCAGCAGACUGCCAUCGAGGAUAAGCUCAAAGCUGCUGAGGAGAGGAGACUCUCAUUAGAGGCACAUAAACUGGCAUCAAUCGCUGCCAAGAUGAGCAGAAUUGAGGAGACAUCGCGCAAGAGGGAUGAACUCAACUCUGCAUUCAUCGCAGCAACUCGAGACUCACUCGAUGCCAAGAUGAAUAACUCGGAGGAGAAACGUGAGGCUCAUAUUGCCGAGUUGAAGAACAAGUUGAAGGAGCAUCUUGAGGCCGUCGAGAAGACACGUUUGAAUCUGGAGCAGCAAACAAAUGAGGUACGUGCUGCUGUUGAGGAAAAACUGAAAACAGCAGCUGCACAGAGGGAUGAGAACAUGAAACACAUGUUGGAACGUCUGAAGGAGCACGAGGAGCAAGUCGCCAGGGUUCGUCAGGGCAUGACCGAGCGUGUCCAGCAGUUGGAGUCCCAGAUCCAGGGUAAGCUCGAUCAGGCACGAGAGCGCAGGGAGACAAUAGAACGCGAACAGAAGGAGAAACUGCGCAAUCACAAUACAGUGAAGAUAGCGAAGGUACGUGAGACGGCGGAUGUCAGUGCCAUGCGAGAGCUCGAGGCCAAGAAACGUGAGAUUGACUUGAAGGUGUCGAUUGCUGAGGAGAAUCGCCAGCGAGAGAUUCAACGUCGUCUUCAGGCCAUUCGCCAACAUGAGAGGCGUGCUGAAAUGGUCAGACAGAACAAAGCAGCCCUGGCUGGCCAGGAUACGACCAAGACAGAUGAGAGUGCCUUACCAGUGGAAAAUGAAACUGCCAGCUCUGGUUAAGCAAAAUAAUCAAGCCACAAUUGCUUAAUUGAACCCAACAAUCUUAACACGAUUGACAUUAUCCCAUCAUUAAUCGUCGCAGCCAAAACGAGAUAUUGUAGACUCGAAGAGAGAGAGAGAGAGAAGAAAAAAUAACACGAGAAUAGUUUAAAGUUAAUCCUCAAUAACGGAAAUAUUUUUUCACUCAUUUAGGUUCAUUUACGAAGGGACAAGAGGUAGAAAAAAUAUUUCUGGAGUUCAAUUUAACGGCGAGAAGUUAUUGAAUAAAAGUCAUAAUUAUUGAAGUCAGCGGGUUCAUUAUUACAGUAAAAUACUGAUGGACUUGUGAGCUUUAUAAAAUUGCUUCGUGCCAUUUUCCGUCGUUCCGGCAUUUACUAAAAGAAAUGAGGGUGAGAGAAAAUAAAUAAGAUGAGAUAAUCAACGAGAGGAGAUUUAAAAAUUAAGAUGAAUUAGUUUUAACGCAUAUUUUUCAAUUAUUUUGUAAUUCCGUUAAAUUCGUGCCUCAAAGUAAAAUUGCAUUGUGCUACUUUUCUCUAAUUUCGUAUGAACCAAAAUUCAAACUAAUUAGUUAAGGCGAAAAUACGAGGAAAAUGACAAAAAAACUUAAAACUCUGAGGAAAAAAGAUGCAAAAAAAUGUAACAUUUAGAUAUAUUUUAUGCUUACGUUGUAUUAAUUAUGUUUCAUUAUAAUUUUCAUAAUACUGAAUACAAUACCAAGUAACCGAUGUUGAUAUGUUGGCUUUUAUAGCGGGACAAUUUUAAGCGGAGAGAGUGUGCGACUGAGUGGUCUGCAGAGAAUGUGAAAAAACCAUUGGGCAUUCUAUUAAUUGGAACGCGAUAAUUGAAUUUAUGGUGUGGAUGGAAAAAAAUGGAAAGAUUCAUUGGAGUGCUGGGGAAAUAGCUGAUGUCUGUGGUUCAGGGAAGGGGUCGGAGUGAUUCCCAAUCGAAAAAAUGUUCUGGAAUGAAUUUUAAUCGAUCGAUUCUCAAAAUGUUGCAAAAAGCAAUUUUGCACUAAUUAAUUUCCUCUGUUCUUCAUUUCGAAAAUUGUUGGUGUCAACUGCCAACCACCAGCUCAAAAUGUCUCUUCAUUCUUUUAAUAUCGAAAUGUUCCGUGUCGCUGAGACUAGAUCAAACGAGAAUUUUAACUGCGACACAGAAUCCUAAAUGGUAAUCAGUGAAAAAUGGAUAAAAAAUGUGUUAAAAAACAUGUGGAUGGGGGAAAAAUGAAGAUUCAUUGGAAUUGGAUUCAUUGAGAGAAAGGAUCGGAGCGAUCCCCAAUCGAAUAAAUAUUCCAGAAUGAUUUUUAAUCGAUCAAUUUUCGAAAUGCAGCAAAAAACAAUUUUGUACUAAUCAACUUCUUCUAUUCCUCAUUUCGAAAAUUGUUGGACUUGUCAACUGCCAGCCGUCAGCUCAAAAUGUCUCUUCAUUCUUUCAAUAUCGAAAUGUUCAGGGUCGCUGAGACUUGAUCAUAACGAGAAUUUCAACUGCGACGCAGAAUCCCAAAUGGUAAUCAAUGAAAAAUGAAUAAAAAACAUGUGUUAACGUAUGAAUUCGCAUUUCAAGUGGAUGGUAAAUGUAACAGUGCUUUAUACAGUUUAUACUAAGCUUCGAGAAAGAAUGAUAAAUAUAUUAAAGUAAAUAAAUAAAUCGUUUUGUACUCGA